CAACAAGCUUGUCCGCAUGGACUCGCCGCUACCUAACGGGAUAGGGCAAGUCAUGCUGUCCUCUAACCUACUGUCUGAAAUCCCUCCCUUGUCUGGCCCACUCGAGACGCUAGAUCUGUCCUACAACCCACUGGAGUCCCUCGUACAGGGCCAGUUCUCCCAUAUCCCCAGCAUCACUACCCUCGGGCUCUCUGGUAUAAAGUAUUUCAUAGAGAAAGGCACCAUUGACGCGGGCGUGUUCGCCGGACUCGGCAGGUUGGGGACUUUGAACCUCGCCGAUAACAGGCUCACUCGGGUUCCUUCGGAAGCGCUCGGGAAAAUCAACCAGUUAGACACGCUAAAUCUGGCUGGGAACGAGAUCACAAGUCUCCAUCCCAGUGACUUCGUCAACCAGACGACUAUUAUGAGGCUUGAUCUCAG